AUGGCGUACACAGCAGCCCCCGCCCGUCAAAGGUUGGCCCAAACAUCAGACGACACCCCCUCCGUGCCCAUCUCAUCGCCAUCAGCCCAAGCACCACCACCGCCACCAUCAGACGGACGCGUUUCCCGCAAACAUAUACGGGACCCAAACUCAUGGGACCCCAAUCCAUCAUCAAAUAACCCCUUCGCCCUCAUCCCAGCCGCAUCAUACAACACCCUCGCCCAGCUCUGGCCACUCACGUUCCGCCUGCUGCGCGCCCAAUGGCGGCUGAAAUGGUUCCUCCUGCCAGCCCAGCCCGGCUCGCCACGCCAGUCGGACGCACUGCACGCCUUUUUCACGCAAGUCGGCCACGGGCGCUCGCGCUUCGUGCGCAACUCUGCCGUCGUCGUCUUCGCGAUCCUCGUCAACCAUGUGAGGAGGAUGGUCUUUCCCGCGCUCGGCGUCGGCGGGUUCGGCGCGCCCAUCGCGACGCUGAAGCUGGCGGUGGGAAGCCCGGAGAUCUUCCUCAGGGAGGAGAUGGACUUGGGAAUUCUCGGGAGGAAUUCCGGAUGGGAGGGGGUGUGGAAGGCCGUUGGGGACGUCGUGGGCGGUUGUGCUCUGAAGGAUGUCAUGGUCAUAUGCUCCGAUAAGUGGUCGGGGCAUAGGCUUGAGGUUAAGAUCAUGCAAACGCUCGAAGGAAGCCAUGCAACUGGGUCCAAGACAACGCCCAAAAAGUGGAUUAACGAAGACGACGAAUGGAAGAUGAUGGACCGGAAGGGCAGGGAAAUAGAAAAGGACAUGGUCGUUGGGGCGGUGGUCUACUUCGUCUGGGUUCUCGGAUGCGCAGAGUAUGUCCACGCGCGGGCGGUUCAUGCUGUCGCAGUCGGCAUCGCAUACACCAAGCUCCUCCGCGGCGGGCCAGCCCACCACCAGGCCAUGAAGGAGAUCCUCCUCCCUUCUGCCCCUCUCAGCACCCUCAACGUUCUCGGAACCCACCUAGAGCUGGCCUACUACAUCGUAUACGGACUCCUGCCGCUGCUUUCCCUCGCGGCCACGUUCGCCUUCAGGGCCAAUCCCGUGAGAAGCAGGCCGGAGCUGGCUUUGCUGGUUGCAGGCUGGGCCUGGGGCACUGGAUACGUGACGCGGUACUCGAACAAGUACUACAUCGGUCUGGAGAUGAGCGGGCUCCUGCUUGUGCUGUGGUGGAUCUCGGCGGCGGCGGCGGUCUUUGCGUGGAGCGCCGUGAGGGCUCGGUUCAAGGCACGAGUUCUGCGGGUUUGA